AUGAGCAAAUCUACCAAGAAAUCUACCCCGAAAUAUCGGGCUGAAUACUCCGAGAGGUUUCCUGUAUUGACAAGCUCCAAACUGGGAGUUCACUAUGCAUUUUGCAAAUGCUGUUCCAGCGAUUUCUGCAUCAGUCACGGUGGACUCCAUGACAUCGAGAAACAUAUCAAGACAAAAAAGCAUCAAGCCACUAGUGAGGCAACCAGUGGUAGAUCAUUAAACAGUUACUUCACGGUAGAUUCGGACACGAGUGUAAUUAAUGCAGAGGUUUUGAUGACCGAAUUCAUUGUUGAACAUAGUUGGCCACUCAGUGUUGCUGACCACUGUAAUAAACUGUUUCGGAAAAUGUUUCCCGAUUCGGCCAUCGCAAAAAAGUAUGGAUGUGGGCGCACAAAGACAGGCUGCAUCACCAAUACCCUUGGUAAAGAUUCCAGGAAAAAAAUUGUCGAUGUCAUCAAGGUAUCGCCAUUCAGUUUGGCAACGGAUGGGUCUACGGACUAUGAUGAUGUCAAGUUGUACCCAAUAUGUGUGCGGUAUUUUGACCCGGAUGAGGGUCGUACCUUGUCAGUUCUUCUCUCGUUGAAGGAGUGUAAUAAGCCAUCUACAGGGGAGAACAUAUUCAAGCUUUUGGAGGCAGAACUACAGGAACUGGAAAUUCCGUUUGAAAAUCUGGUAUCCUUCUCCGCGGACAAUGCGUCGGUGAUGUUGGGCAAGUUCAAAGGUGUAGCGGCGUUUCUACUCAAGCGUGCUCCAUCUAUAAAGCAGCAAAACGGGUACCUGUGUAGAGUAGAGGACUUGCUCAUCGAUAUUUAUUAUCAUCUGGAAAAGAGCAGCAAGAGGAAGCAAGAAUUCAAAUCCGUCCAAGACAAGAAAAAUCUUCCCCAGCACAAGAUCAUCAAGCAUGUGUCCACACGUUGGCUUUCACUCGGACAGUGCAUCAUUAGACUCCUGGAGCAGUGGGAUGCGAUUAUCCCUUUCUUUGAAGGAGAGAGAGAAAAGACAAGUGGGACAAAACGACAGAGAGUCACACAAGAAGGGGAACAAGAAAGAAAGAAACAAAAACCCAAGUCGUUCUCAAGAACCAGCACAAUGAAGGGAACUUCUAGCUCAACUAGCAACCAGUGUGCUACAAAGAUUAGUACUUUGAGUGGUCCUGCUAAAUUUACACCAUUGAAGUCUGCUACAAGCACCAGUAAGGAUAAUUCAGGUCUUUCUACAGCAUUAAACCUGUUCUUUAGAAAGUCAUCUUCCACAAGACCAACUGCAAAAUCAGCUGCAAAAGAGACUGGAAAAUCUGCUUCAAAACGAUCUUCCGCUGCAACACGUCAACCUGCAGGUGGGGCUAAAGUUACAAUAGUUGAAUCAAAACCUGAGCGUGUAGUGAAGAUGACAGACCCUAACACAAAACUAUAUUGUCUCUUUUUUAAUACCAUUUCUUUGUACGAUGACAGUAACCUGAUCCUUCAGAAAGAUAAACCAUGUAUUCAUGUAAUGCAUAAUGUUAUGUGCAACCAAAUGAAGUCACUGCUUGUUCGAUUUGUGAAACCAGAAGUUAUUGCUCAUUCAAAAGUGUAUGAAGUAGAGUUCACAGAUGAAAGCAAUCAGAAAAGAAAUGAAGAGUUGUUUGUUGGCCAAGCAGUACGCAAAUACAUCAGAGAGUAUGGAGAGCAGUGUAACUUGAAACAAUUCUAUGACAGGGUAGAAGUAAAAAAGGAUUAUUAUUUUUAGUCUUCAAAGGUUGGCAGGUACAUGUACAUGUAUGUAACAACUAUUUGUUCUUUCUUUUAAAAAAAAACCCUGAAAAA